AUCACGAUGAGCACCAUAUGGCUCAGCUGUGCCUUGGGUGCGCUGCUCUUGGCCUGUGCCGGGACACACCAGGCAGAGAAGCUCCAGAAGAGCCUCAGAGAGGGUGCUGCCCAGUGGGAGGCCGACCCGAGGAGGGCCGUGGUGGUCCCCAACGCCCUGAAGGAUGAGUACGUGGGCCUGGUGAAGCAGUACUGGGGGAGGCAAGCCCUGACCAGGAGGAGAAAGAGGAAUGUGGCGGACAACAGCGAGAACAUCGCAGAAAUCUCAGGCUCUUUCCUGCACACGGCCACCUUCAACCAGCUGCUGGUGUUCAACCUGACGGCCCAGAUUCCCCAGGACAGUGAGGUGAGCCAGGCCAUGAUCAAGCUCUUCCAGAAACCUUCCCCCAGGGCAGCCCUCGGCCAGGUGCUGCAGCAGCUCCACCCGAGCUCUUCCGUCUCCCACGCCCGGGUCACCGUCUACUGGCUGCGCCUGCAAGUGGAUGGGGCCAACCGCACUUCGCUGAUCGACUCCAGGCAAGUGGCCGUCGGCCAUUCCGGCUGGGUGACCUUUGACGUAACAGAGGCCGUGCACCACUGGCAGCAGCAGGGCCUUGAGGACGAGCCUCUGGUGCUGGAGAUCUCUGUCCACGGGGACAGCGCCAGCCACAUGUCCGCUGACCUGACCGAAGUCGUCCGCUUUGCCUCCCAGGACCCAUUCGAUAAUCCGCUGCAGAAGCCCCAGCUGGAGUUGCAAACCCUGGACCUCCGCAGCUAUGGCACCUCUGAAGACUGCAACUCUGCAGACGACUCCAACUCCACCCACUGCUGCCGGCAGAAGAAAUACAUCAACCUGGCCGAGAUGCACUGGGACGACCACUGGAUCCUGCACCCACCUGGCUUUGAGGCCUCCGAGUGUGUUGGGGGCUGCCAACGUCUGCCGGGGUCCCUGCCCCGCCUCUCAUCCUGGCAUUGCGUCCCCACCGAGACCUCUUCCGUGCCCGUCUUGUAUGUCAUCCAGGCGCCGGACAGCGAGGGCGUUCAGGUCGUCUUGGGCAAGCUACUGGACAUGAGGGUAGAGAAGUGCACCUGUCGGAGACGUUGACAUGUCACGUUCCCCGCCUGGGAGGGACGAGAACCCAGCUGCCCCCAAAGCACUCAGCCUGCCCAGGCUCUAGGGGGAAUUUGGAAAAAGGGGUGUGUGUGUAUAAAAUGUGAACUUUAUGUGCCACUUCAGGGCAAUAAAUGUAACCCAAAACACCCAGGAGUCACAUGUUGGUUAAGGGCCAAAGUGGCCCUUGGUCCAUGGCUCUAUCUGGGCAACUGUGGCACUCACAUGUUCUCACAGGAACCCCUUUUGACUACAUUUUGGGGACCCUUAGCCCUCGCCAAAGCUGUCCCUUUUCCACCUCAGCCCUUCCCUCUUUGCCACUAUAUGCACCCCAGAGACCACUGAUCUUUUCCCUUCAGAAAAGUCUUCCUGCUCCCUCCCCACCCAGUGUAGAGCACAAAUUCAGUGGGUGCAAAUAUGACUUAAGACCCACAGUGAGCAUGAGGUGCUGUUCCUCUUUGGCAGGCAAGGAAGGGGUGGGAU